ACCGUCCCUCCUCCGCCCGGAGAAGCUCCUCUCUCUCUCCGCUGCUCAAGUUCACAAACCCGCUGGCUGUGCAUGGAGAGUUCAAAUGGGCUGCACCACUGUUCGAGGCUUAAUAUAGUACCGUCCUUUUUUUUUUUACUUACUUUGGAUUGUUAGACUUCUGCUAAAGUUAAAAUCUUUCCUUUAAGGUCCGUGCGAAGACUAAAAAACGUUGAACUUUAAAACUUUUUGAACAUUUCGCCUUUUGUUUCCUCUUCAUCCAGACAGAUAUUUGUUGACGGCGCGGUCCAACCAAGAUGGACUCGGGUUGUCUGCCCUUUUGGAGACUAGAUAACGGCGUCCCUCAUUAAACUAGAUGUAGAUUUGAUCUAAUUAUCCGCUGUAAACGUGCUCUUUGUCAACUGGAUGCAACUGGACUGGGUCUUUUCCACCCCAGAGGUCGCAUCCUAUAAUGAACAUUUUUCCACCGAAGUUUCGGUGAACUUUUUACCCACGACUCGCCAUGUCGGGAGUGGUCCGCACCCUGAGCCGCUGCCUGCUCCCGGCUGAGGCCAGCCGUGACCCGGGCAGCAGCAAGGAGGGGAGCCGGGAGAGGGACGCGGCGCAGGAGCGGGAAGCUCGGAGAAGGAGCCGGGAGAUAGACGCCAUGCUCGCCAGGGAGAGGAGAGCUGUCCGCCGGCGGGUGAAGAUCCUCCUGCUCGGGGCCGGAGAGAGCGGAAAGUCCACAUUCCUCAAACAGAUGCGCAUCAUUAACGGGCAGGAGUUUGAUAAAAAAGCACUUCUGGAUUUCCGGGACACCAUCUAUGAGAAUAUCCUGAAGGGAAUGCGUGUGCUAGUGGAUGCACGGGACAAACUGGGCAUCAGCUGGCAGAGCUGUGAGAACGAGAAGCAGGGCAUGCUGGUGAUGUCGUGGGAGGGGCGAGUGGGCGGCUCGGGGGUCGAGCCAAGUGAGUUUCAGCUGUACGUGAUGGCACUGAACGCACUGUGGGCAGACACGGGCAUACAGGAGGCGUACACAAGGCGCUCCGAGUUCCAACUGAGUGAGUCAGUGAAGUACUUCCUGGAUAACUUGGAUCUUAUUGGUCAACCGAACUAUAUUCCAAGCAAGCAGGACAUUCUGUUUGCAAGAAAAGCCACUAAAGGCAUCGUCGAGCACGACUUUGUCAUCAAGAAGAUUCCUUUCAAGAUGGUGGACGUCGGAGGUCAGAGAUCGCAGAGGCAGAAGUGGUUCCAGUGUUUCGACGGGAUCACGUCGAUACUCUUCAUGGUUUCAUCGUCCGAGUACGAUCAGGUCUUGAUGGAGAAUCGGGCGACAAACCGAUUGGUGGAGAGCAUGAACAUCUUUGAAGCGAUUGUCAACAACAGGCUCUUCCUUAACGUCUCCAUCAUCCUCUUCCUCAACAAAACAGACCUGCUGGUGGAAAAGAUCCGCACGGUGGACAUCCGCAAGAACUUCCCCGAGUUCAGAGGAGACCCCCGCAGGCUAGAGGACGUACAGGCGUUCUUGGUGCAGUCGUUCAGCAGUAAGAGGAGAAACCGGGGGAAGCCACUGUUCCACCACUUCACCACCGCCAUAGACACAGAAAAUAUCCGUUUUGUCUUCCAUGCCGUCAAGGACACCAUCCUGCAGGAAAACCUCAAAGAUAUCAUGCUGCAGUGACCUUCACUCUGCAAACAUCAUUGAAACUGUGAAAAGAUGCCAUGGAUGCAGGCCCGGAGGACUACAGAUCAGGCCUGCUUUCAUCUGACACUACAGCCCAUGAGAGCAUGUUAACACUGACCUGUGGAUUUAACACGACUCUGAUUCUGUGGAAACUGUGAGGGUCACUGUGGACGAGACCCUCCAUCUAACCUGUAUAAAUGUGUGUGUGUGCUGAAAAGACAGUUACCUUUCUUCUUUUAGCUCUCAAGUAUGUUUUCCUUCAUACACAAGUUAGAAAAUGCUUUUUUUUUUAAAAAGGAGAGAAAAGCACCGACAACACACAACCUUAGCACUGAAAGUGUGUUUUUUCUCAAAUGUAUAUAGUUUUUUUUUUUUUAAAUGACAACCGUGUCACUAAACGAAGUCAGACUGCUGCCGGUUAAAGCUCAAACUGCGUAAAGAGAAACAGGGAAGACAGAAAAAGGCAAAAAGAAAAAGGGCAGUUUAGAGCGAGUAGAAGAAGAAUGCCUUAUCUUGAUGUACACGUGAUGGAGGAGAGGGCUGAGGGUUUGGGCUCAGACUGGUCAUAUGCUGUGUUAUGUGAUAAGGUUGCACAAGUGUUCCUGUCAGUGAACUUCAACAGAGGAAAGAGAUGACUCCCUCUUUUGGUUCACUGCAUUCCUUCUUCUAUCUUUACCUCUCCUCCUCUGCCGUCAUACAAGAGAUGAGCAGCUGCAGAUAACAAGUCUUUAUCCUACUUCUGUACUCUUCUGUCGGGCACAAUAGACAGAUUAUUGGUCUCCUCCUUCUAAAGCAGAAACAGUCGACUCUAUAUUAAGAGACUCUAGUUGAAACACACACAGCUCCUGUUGUCCAUCCACAUGUCUUCUUCUGUUUCCCACCAGUCAAAGUACAAGAACAGCAAUUACUUAACCUGAGACGUAUAAUAAAUACCCCCUAUACACAAAGAGUUCUGGGAACGCUACUUGUUUCUGUCCUUUUUGUGCACUAAAUGUGAAGAGAACAGGACAGUACAGACAGGGUUGAACUGUAAACAUCACUUUGUAAGAUACAGCCAGCAGACAUCUUGAACUUCUGUGGAAGUCAGGUUAGCACUGUGCUUAGAAGAUUAGUGAUUAAAAAAAAAAAAUUAUAUACAAAUGAUACGCUUUUUAUCUGCAUUUCCUUAACAAAUGUCUUUAACAGAGCCAGUUUACACUUGCAUAGGGGGGUGUAGCAGCUAAAGUGUCUGAUAAUAGCCCCAGGAGUUGGUUGAGAUCAUUAGUUGAUUGGUGUUAAAAGGCCAUUAUGGGUAAAAAGAAAAAAAAGGACAGAAACGCAAAAUCGGAGCUGAAAAAAUGAAAAAAAAACAAUAAGCACUAUUCUUCAUUCAUUAUGUUUUUUUUCCCCCAUACACCCCACCCUCCCUAUUUAUUGUUUUAUUUCUGUACCAAUAAUGGCACUACCAUGCUGUAAUACAGACACAUUGACCUCUAAUUAGGAGCUGUUCACUUUCUCUUUCUCUUAUGAGCUUAUCUAAUGGCAGAAACGUAAUGCAUUAAACGAGCAGACGUGGUAAAGAUUGUGGAUUUGUUGUUUCCAGCUAACAUCAGAGGUAAUCACUAGGCGUAUGUUAGGAUUGUGUUCACAGUUUGUUGCUCCACGGUGGCCAAAGUCACUUGAAUAAGGUUUUAAUUUGAUCAAUAGAUUAUUCAUAACUGAUGGUCCUUUGUAAAAAAAAAAAAAAAAAAAUAACCACUAGUUGCAGCUAUAUUAUUUCCUGGCACUGAUUUAUGAUGGUGGUUAAAUUGUUGACUAGAUCUUUAUUUUUCUGAGAUGACCGGUUUAGUCCAUAUCCUCCCCCUUUUCCUCAAUUCACCUCUUUCAGAUGUUUUAAACGCAAAUGUUGAUUUCUUAUUCCCAACAUUUCACGAUGUACAUUCUGGUACGCAGCACAGGACACAGCUGGGCCACUCCCCCCCCCCCCCCCCACCACCACCCUGAAGAUCCCCUUGAGGCUAAUCAUAAGCACUUCCACACUCCUUUUUAUUCUUACUGUAUAAACUGUGUCAUUUGUAAGUAUUUGUGUGUGUUUUACAUUGUAACUAAAGUCCUUUCUGUUCAUGUUUAUACAUAUUGUACAUAGAAUACUGUAAGUAUGUGACUGUCACUGUGUGUAAUGUGGUAACCUUACAAUACAAAACCACUCUGUCUAACAGUACCACUGUAACUGUAAAAUUGCUGUAAAAUUUGUCGUAAAACUAACCUACCUUUCCCACUCACACAAGUUGUUUUGUAAGUUCAUUGCACUGGAGAGAAGACAACCAGAAUAGGAAAAAAUCUGGAGAACAAAGUUAAAGAAACCAACAGGCAGCAGGCUUUAAUGGUCGCGCAGAAUGGAGUCAGAAGAUGAAAAGAGGGAGGUCUUCUGCUGUAUUUUUUUUUUUGUUUGUUUCCCAGUGCCUUGGCUCUGUGCUCUGUGGUGAAAUACACUGCCGUUUGCUGA